AUGGCCAAGACGGACGAGCCGAUGGUGGACGCGGACGAGGACAACCCGUUCUCGCAGUACUACGGCAUGCUGCUGCACCAGCAGAACAUGCUGCAGGACCACGUGCGGACGAGCACGUACGAGCGCGCCAUGCUCGCCAACGCCUCGGACUUUGCCGGCAAGGUCGUGCUCGACGUGGGGACCGGGUCUGGCAUCCUCGCCUACUUUGCCAUCAAGGCUGGCGCCAAGCGCGUCUACGCCGUCGAGCUCAGUGCGAUGGCUGACUGCGCACGAAAGCUACUCACAGACAACGGCCUUGCCGACCGCAUCAUCGUUGUCCGCGGCAAGGUCGAAGAGGUCGACCUGCCCGAGCAGGUCGACAUUGUCAUCUCCGAGCCCAUGGGCUUCUUCCUCGUGCACGAGCGCAUGCUCGAAUCGUACGUCUCGGGGCGCAUCAAGUGGAUGAAGCCGGGUGGCCUCAUGUUUCCGUCGAUCGGCACGAUGUUCGUCGCUCCGUUCUCGGACGACGCGAUCUACCAAGAGCAGAUGGCCAAGGCGAUGGACAACCACUUUUCGCAGCCGGUCGUCGGGUACUUUGCGCCCUCGAUUCUCAUCUCGGGCUCGACCGUGUCGCACACGCUCGACUUUGGACGCAUGUCGGUCGAGGACUUUCACGGCUUUGACAUUCCGUUCCAGUUUACGAUCAACCGCACAUCCAUCUUGCACGGUCUCGCGUGCUGGUUCACGGUCGAUUUUAUCGGGUCCACGGCUACCGUCGUGCUCUCGACGGCGCCAUCCGAGACGGGCACACACUGGUACCAGUGCCGGCUCCUCCUCAAGCAGCCGAUCGCUGUCAACAGCUCGCAGUCCGUUUCUGGCAACCUCCACUUUGUCGCCAACAAAAAGUUCAGCUACGACAUCGACAUGGAAGUGCGUCUGGAUGGCACGACGAUCACGUCGACGAACCACAUCCGCCUCCACGACCAAAUGUACCACUACAUGUACAACCCGCCGUCGUAA